UUCUACGUAUGUAUCCCAGCAAAGAAAUGAAUUCUGAGUCGCCCGUUUCCUGUUGAUGUGCCACCUAUUCCUCGUUUCUCGGUGGUGUGGUGGUGGAAAUCAACAUUGUCAUGAUGAUGCAUGAAUUUAUGUCAUGGGUGAGUCCGUGAAAUUAGCGGGCGAACAGCAACUCAGAAACUGUGCUAGGAUACUCCGUGAGAUUAUCACAAGAAAAUAACGUGCUAAGCUUAACGGUUUUCACAGAUUGCAGUCAUGCUCGUCCACAAAUUUAGCCUAAUACGAAAGCAGUGCAUGAUCACAAAUUUUGGCACGUUUUGUGAUGCAUUGCUGCGUCACAAAUUCCGCUAGCAUUGACACUUCGUUUUCCUGUGAUAAAGAUCUUUGUCGUGGACGAGAUGGCUAUCAAGGCCUUGGUAUCCUGCAAAUCGACUUCCUCAGCUUCAUCCUCGGCUUGUCUUUGUCAUGCAAGUCUGCAUCCCCCGAAGGAAUGAAUUGAAAAUGCGUCAAGAGCAGACUCAUGAUGUAGUUGAGAGGCAUUUUUUAUUGAUGCUAAGCUGCCAUUCAAGAAUUGAACUUCUCAUGCUCUAAUUAUCAAGACAAAAAAUGGCAUUUGAUUCGUGAUGCUGUCGCUCUAAGCAAUCAGCACUAAUAUGUUGCGCACUCAAGAAUGAAUUUAACGAUACCCACGUGCGUGGAAGAUCCCAGCAAAAAAACCUUGCUUGUAGUCGAAUUCCCUCGGGUCUCGUCAUGGCAGCUUCAUUAUGUUGGGCUGGGGACGUUUUCACACAGGAUGCUUGGUUGGCGGUAUGUGCUCAUUUGCGACCCUGUUGUUGGUUAUGAGACUGUACGUGAGCAGACAGGUUUCGAGUUUAAGGUAGUAUGCGCCUUGUAUAGUAGUGGAGCGCUCGUGUGUGACAGACAGGUCCGGGCAUGUUUAAAGCAAAAUCUGAUCGUGAUAAAUUUGUUGGCACCCGGUAGCUACAUGUUUUAUGAUAAAAAUGCUUAUUCCACCCUCUACCGAAACUCGACAAGCUGUAAUGAUCACCUUUCCAGUCCACACUCGAGGCUGCGUUAUUCCUGAUUCGCGAGCACAAGGAGGAAAAGAAGCGGGGAAAGCUGGAAAAACAAGCGACUUUCCAUUAUUCGCACACGCUGCGUGGGGGCACCGGCACCAGAAACAGGAUUGUUCCAACCGAGACUUCGGACGAGCAGGAGCAGGGACUCACAAAAACCCCAGCACGUGCGCCAGCGGCAAGGGAGGACAGCGUUUCUAGGGGGAGCAGUCGUGCCAAAGGUGGUCGCGACGAGACCACGGGAGAUGACCGUGACAGCCGUGAGGACGUGAGGGACAACGAACAAGCGGAGGUUGCUACUGCGAGUGCGAACUCGUCUAAGCAGGGGGAGAUGGGCGAGAACUGGGUGGGCGAGGUCGACGAGCUAGACACGCCAAAAAACUUCACUAUUCGCCAACGAAGAUCAUGAUAGGAAGAAGGUGGUGGUCGUGGCGGAGCAAAAUCAUCAGAGCGGAACUCAUGAAGUUGCAGCAAGAAAACGAAGAAACUCAGAAGUUUUACGGAGCUACAACAGGACUAUGAUAAUAGCUCUUCGAUUGUCCUCGUCGACAUCACAGACGUUAACGUGUAGCUCUCGUCCGACGACUUGACUCGAUAGGCCUUGGCGCAUGGGCGUGGCUUUUCUUCAGCUACAAACAGUAUAAGUAAGCAAAAACAUCGCUUGGGCUUGAGGUCCGUGAAAGUAAAGAAAACCGCACAUAGUACUAAAUGGCAUUGACGUGUGAACAAUUCCCUACCGCUAGAACGAAUCAAUCAAUCCAACAGAGAAAGAUGAACGAAGAGAAGUAAGACAAAAAAUCGUAGUCGGUAGUAUCAAGACAACAUGGUACGUAAAUGCAAGUAACGAGGAUCCCGC